GUGGAGAGAGAAGUGGAGAGAGAGGUAGAGAGAGAGGGAGAGAAAUGCAGAUAAUUAGGGCCUUAGAUAGUUUGUAAUAUAUGUUAUUCAUUUGUUUCAGAAACAAAGCUUCACAACUUUUUGCUGAGAUGAGCCAACACACAAGAGUUUUGGCCCUGUACAUGGUGCCGGCACUUCUGUACUGCCUCUACAACAAUUUGGCUUUUGUCAACCUCGCUGCCUAUGAUCCUACCACGUAUUUCCUGCUUCUGCAACUGAGGGUCGUUGUGACUGGCAUCGUCUUCCAGGUUUUGUUCAAGAAGCAACUUAGCAAAUGGCAGUGGGUGUCCCUCUUCAUCCUGACACUUGGCUGUAUUGUGAAGCAGUUGAAUAUCACCGAGAAAAGUGCUCCAGCUGUAACAUCACCAAAGACAGAUGACAUUACAAGCCACAUGGUCUCCUCCUUGUUUUCAGUUCACACGGGGCUUGUACUGCUGCAGGUUUUAUGUUCUUGUCUGGCUGGAGUCUACAAUGAGAAGUUGCUAAAGGACAUUGGUGCAGAAGUUCACAUUAUGGUGCAAAAUGUGUUCAUGUAUGUUGAUUCAAUACUCUGCAAUGCUGCGGUUCUUCUUAUGAGAGGGGAACUGGGAUCUGCAUUUACAGUUUCAGCACUUUCCCAGAUCUGGCAGCCGGCUGUGAUUGUAAUCAUCAUAAACAACGCAGCUGUAGGAAUUGUCACCAGCUUCUUCCUGAGAAACUUGAACUCCAUACUGAAGACCUUUGCAUCUGCCCUCGAGUUAAUGUUCACUGCUGUGUUGUCUUGGCUCAUCUUUGGAAUUGCUAUUGGCUGGUGGACUGUGCUCGCUAUAGCAUUGGUCACGUAUGCUUCCUGGAUGUAUGCGCAGAACCCAGUCAUCAAUAGAGGGCGUCUGGAUCAGCUGGAAGGUAGUCAGACAUCAGAGGAAGUAAGACUGGUGUCAAGUGAGACAACAGAAGUGUGAGAGAGUAUUUGGAGAUGAAAUAGAGAGGCUUGUGAUUAUUGAAUAUAUAUCAUCUUAUAUGUUGAUGAAGGUUUAGCCUUUUUCUUCAGUGCUCUCAGUAUUAUUUUGUAUGUUUUGGAAGUGACCGUUGAGUUUCAGUUGGGUAACUGAUAGAAUUUGCCUUUAAUAAAUUUGCAGUAUUAGGGGAGUCCUAGAAAUGUUCAAUUCAUUAAAUGCUGUUUGAGUCUUGUAGCUAGAGGUAGCUACAUAUAUGCUAAAAUCCCAGAAGGUAUAUAAUAUGUAUAUAUUUGUUUUCUUACUAUCAUGUUAGUGAAAGUAAUAUUUGAAAUUAUUCUCUUUGGAAUUCUAGUCAUAAAUAUUUAGUCAGCAUAUUCAGAGGGUGACAAGAUUUAUCAAUUAUGUCUCAGUAAUUUAUUUUUUUUCUUUAAUAUUGCUUGACUGCAAGAAAAAGUAUCAAGUAUUUGCUCAUCCCUCUCUAGCCAAAGAGGUCCUAGGAUGACAUUUAGAAGAGAUAAAUGUAGCUAUGAAGUACUUAGAAACUUUUCAUAGAGCCUGUAUAUUAGAGCUCUGUACACUGCUACAUGUUCUGACAAUCCUUGUAAUGUCGUGAAUAUGGUUUUGCAUUUUGAAUUGCAGAAAUAUUGAAAGUGAUCCUGUGUGUUUGCACGUGCUAUUGCAUCUGGGUCAUAAUCUGUGAUCCAGGUUUCUUUUCCCUGGUACUACUGCCAGGCAUUUGCUCUAAGCGCACAGGGCCAGAUGACAGUUCUGAGCAGCUCUCUGCACAAAUGCAUCUCGUAAUCAUUUUUUGUUAUGAGUUAUUGAUAACUGAAAAGUAUUUGGUUAAAGUAUGAGUAAAUAUUUUUGUUAUUGGAAGACAUGUUAUAUAUAAAACGUGACUGUGUUUGAGUUCAAACUAAGGAGGUUGAAUUUUAAUUUUGUUAUAUUUAAUUCAUAAUGUUAAGAUAUUAUGGUUUCUAUACUAUAUCUUAUUUUAACUGAACUGUGCCAUUUCUACUUUAAUCAAAGAGAAGAUACCAAAAAUACAGUAAUAAGAAUAUCUAUGUGUAAUACCAUUGUGUAAAAAUAUGCAUCACAGAAAGAUUUGUUUGAUAUCCAAAUCCUUUUGAAUCUGUUUGUAAGUGUUUUGGUAGAUAUGCUAUAUUCUGUCUCUCUUCUGUUCCUGAGGUAAAGAUGCAAGAUAUACUGCAAUGAAGGGUUCUAAUGCUCAUCUCAGACAAUCUGUGGCCUAAAUUGAGGGACUGAUUUGUAACCUUUUUUUCUGCAAGUAUUAGCAAUCUUUUGUGCUAUACAGGGGCUAUUGAUUUUUAUUUAGGGGUUCAGACCUGUAAUUUGCCAAAAAAUGUGGAAAUUUUCAUCCCUUCUUUGCUAAAAGAGGGAAUAAAUUAGCUGACAGAAAGAAUAGCCCUCUGGUUUUAUAUUUUGGAGGAAAAAGGCCUCUUGUUUACUGACAUGGGGGGCAAAUUUCUUCCUAUAUCUGCUGGGCAAGGUAAAUGUUUGUCAUUUUUGGUAAGAUGGCGCCUUCAGCCUGAAUAAUGCGGUUGCUUAAUCAGUGGUGUUAUUUUGAAUUUGUGUGAAAUUCAAUGACAAGAAAGUUAUUUAUUAAAUAUGUUAGCAGUGUAAAACAGAUUGUUGCGCCUGCUAUAAAUGCCUGUUUCAAAUUCCUUAAGCCUCCAUUGGUAGAAUGAGUUAUGAAGUACAGUAAAAUGUUGAAUGGUCAAUAGUAGUUUGUAUGUUAUCUAAUGAACCAUGGCUUUAUUGGUGUAUUCUUGAAGAAAUCUGAGGAGAAUUAAACAUGACUAACGUUUACAUCAUUUCAAUCCUCUAAUUAAAAUAACUGAACUUCAAAUCUAAUCAACUGAAAUUUGAUUUAGAACAUCGGAACUUCAGUUUGUAACAUCUGAAGUAUAUGUUAAUAUUUGUUCUUGGUUAUUUGAGUUGAAACUUAUGAUAUUUAGGAAAACCAUUAUCAUCACUAUAAAAAAAAUAAGUGAACUUGCAGAUUUGGAUGAAAGUACUUUCCUGCAACACAUGAAAGUGUGUUAUUAUGAUGAGAUCAUAAUAACAGGGAAGAGAAAUUAUACUAAAAAGAAUAACAUAAACUAAUAAGUGCAACUGAUGAUAAGUAUUAUCAGAAAAUCCAUAUUUUAUUCACAAACAAAUAAAAUAUUUACUCAUUUUCUCAUAGUACACUACUUUAUUUUAUUUUUAUUAGUUUUUUGCCACAUCAUAGAUCUAUAUUUUGUAGACAUGCAGUAGACUCUUCUUUAAUAUAUAUUUUGUGUAAUAAAAGUAAUGCUUAUUUACAUGUGCAUGCAGGUAGAGCUAUUUCAUUUCCCAUAUGUAAACAUAUUUCAUGUAAAUAUUCUAUGUCUUUCUCCUUGAUAGCAAUCAUUUGAUUCAGUCCAUUCCAUAUAUUUAUUAUUUGCAUUCUGUGAAGACAUUUUCAUUCUGUACAAUGUUUUUCAAUUGUAAACUUACAACAUAUACCCAUGAUAAUUGUGUCAAGUAUGGACAUUUCUUUACCAUGCAAUGUUAUUAGGUUUUGCCUUCUGCCCGCUUGAGGAAUGGGUGUUUUACAUGACCAGAAAAGUUCAUUAUUUGUGAUUAUCUAUGUAGUCAUUAUGUUGUAUGUACCUGUUUAUCACUAACAGUAUUUAUGCUGGAAGUUGGCUACAUAGUAUUCAAGAAAACUUCAUCCAGUGAGUAUGUAACAUCCUGUGAGGUAUUUCUAGGUGAAUUAAUAAACAAUAUACCGUAAUCUUAUGAAGUAUCCAUUUACUUGUCAUAUGUGAAAUGUUGAUCCUUUAAUAUACUUGAAUUACAUGUUUUGUGUUGUGGUGAUAUGGGGUAUGUAUAUUGAAAGACUAGGGUUCUGUGAGGGAAAAUCAUUUUCAGUAUGGUAUGUAUUCAAGAACAUUAUGUGAAGUUAGUCAGGUCAAUAUCUGAAAAUUGCUAGAGUUCAUCUGAAUGACAUGAGUAAGUACAGCUUACUUAAUCGCCACGGAUGUGUUAUACAGUAUGUGAUUAAUGACUGUGCUACUUUAAUUAACAAGAUACAUAAAUUAAGAAAUACAGAAAUACUUAGUGCAGUGUUGCCAAGUGAUGUAAUGAUUCUAAUUUGAUGAAGGUGCUUCACAAGCAAUAGAUAAUAAAAUAGAUAAUAAACUAUUACAGUUAU